AUGCUUUGGCAGGUUGGUCCGAAUAAAGACUAUAUGCCCCCCAACGUUACCGCCUCGCUUGGCAAUGAUGAUCAGGGAUUCUGGGGCAUGUCUGCCAUGCUAGCGGCUGAGCUCAAUUUCCCCGACCCUCCUUCAGACCAACCUCAGUGGCUAUAUCUAGCCCAAGCAGUUUUUAAUACUCAAGCCGACCCCAGUCGCCAUGAUGAUACCUGUGGUGGUGGUUUGCGAUGGCAAAUUCCAUUCGCGAAUAAUGGAUAUGACUACAAGAACAGCAUUGCCAAUGGCUGCUUCUUCAAUCUUGGCGCCCGCUUGGCACGUUAUCUGAAUAACGAAACAUACGCAGAUUGGGCAGAGAAAACUUGGGACUGGGUUCAGAGUGUUGGCUUGAUGGACAGCGACUACAGGAUAUACGAUGGCGCCCACGUCGAGACCAAUUGUACCGAUAUCAACAAGGCCCAAUUCUCAUACAAUAACGCCGUCUACCUACUAGGGGCGGCGCAUAUGUACAACUACACUGGUGGAGACUCAAAAUGGGAACAGCGACUUAGUGGACUCUUAGAUGCAACGAUUCGCGACUUCUUCAAAAACAAUGUUGCCUAUGAGAUCGCGUGCGAAGAUCACAUGACCUGCACAACAGAUAUGUUGAGCUUCAAGGGUUACUUACACCGAUGGAUGACAACUAUGACACAGAUCGCCCCGUUCACGGCCGAGAAAGUCCUACCGGUUUUAAAGGACUCAGCCCAGGCUGCUGUAAAGCAGUGUACUGGGCCGCCAGCCGGGAAGACCUGCGGGUUCGGGUGGGCAAGUGGCAUAUUCGAUAAUAGUGUCGGUGCUGGCCAGACAAUGAAUGUUCUAGGAGCUGUAUCGUCUCUCUUGGUUGGGAAGGCUAAAGCGCCAGUGACGAUGGAAUCCGGUGGUACGAGCGAAGGUGAUCCAAAUGCUGGAGCGGGAAGCGACUCAUUUAUCCACUCGCCAGCGCCAAUAACAACAGGAGACAGAGCAGGUGCUGGUAUUCUAACCGCCCUAGUUCUAGCUUCUGCGGUUGGGACGUUUGGGUGGAUGAGCAUUGGAGUAUGA